AGAACCCCACGGUCCGCUUGAAGGCUGUGUGUGACUUUAUUUUGUUUUGAGUUGUUUACUGUAAUUAGUGUAAUUAGUGUGUGUUAGUGGAGUAUGCAGUUGGAGAGUCUGCUGCCCAGCUUACCCAAGACCUUCUACACGCUCUCAUCUUCAUCCUCAUCCUCAUCAUCCUCAUCAUCAUCAUCUGACAGCACGAGCCCGGGAUCCGCGCACACGAGCAGCGCGCAGAGCUUCCCUGAAGUGGAGCGGCCCGAGCACGAGCCCGAACCGGGUAAGAAGUACCGCUCUGCCAUGAUGAUGAGCGGCAGCACCGGAACCACCACCACCACCGCCACCGGGGGAGAGCGCGAGGGAGAGGAGUUCUCCACCGGAAGUAAGAGCAGGAAGAGUUCUCCGGUGAUUGGAGGAGGAGGAGGAGAAGAGGAUGAAGAACUCGUGACCCGGCGCUACGGUAUCGAAGAGCUCGGUACCGACCGCUAUUUCAUCUCCCCGAGCUCAGACGCGAGCGCGUGCUCGCUGUUUCCGUACGGCGCGCAGGGCGGCUCGGUGUACGGCGGCGCGAGCGCGCGCUACUCCUCACCUUACUCCUCCGCCGCCUCGGUGCUCGCGCCUCCUCCUCCGCCGCCUCCUCCGCCGCCUCCACCGGGCGCCGUGUGCAGCUCGCGCGCUCAGCUCGCGCCUCCGACCGCCGCCGCUUAUCAGUUCGGACAAGGCCCCGCGUGCCUGUACCCGUCCUACCACCCCGGGCUCGCGGUGGGCAGGGCUCAGGUGUACCUGUGCAACCGGGCGCUCUGGCUCAAAUUCCACCGCCAUCAGACCGAGAUGAUCAUCACCAAACAGGGCAGGCGCAUGUUUCCGUUCCUGAGCUUCAACAUCGCGGGGCUGAGCGUGAGCGCGCACUACAACGUGUUCGUGGAGGUGGUGCUGGCGGACCCGAACCACUGGCGCUUCCAGGGCGGGAAAUGGGUCACGUGCGGCAAAGCGGACAACAACAUGCAAGGAAAUAAGAUGUACGUUCAUCCAGAAUCACCGAAUACAGGAGCGCACUGGAUGAGGCAAGAGAUUUCAUUCAGUAAACUGAAACUAACCAACAACAAGGGCGCAAACAACAAUAAUACCCAGAUGAUUGUCCUGCAGUCUCUCCAUAAGUAUCAACCGAGGCUGCACAUCGUGGAGGUGAGCGAAGACGGGGUGGAGGACAUGAGCGGCGAGUCCAAAACUCAAACCUUUACUUUCCCUGAAAACCAGUUCAUUGCAGUCACCGCUUACCAGAACACAGAUAUCACACAGUUAAAGAUCGACCACAACCCAUUCGCUAAAGGCUUCAGAGAUAACUAUGACUCGAUGUACACGGCUCCAGAGAGUGACCGUUUGACCCCGUCCCCCACUGACUCUCCUCGUUCACACCAGAUCGUCCCGGGAGCUCGUUACGCCAUGCAGCCCUUCUUUCAGGAACAGUUUGUGAAUAAUCUCCCGCAGAAUCACCGUUUGUACGGUGGAGAACGUGCCGUGCCGCAGACCAAUGGCCUCCUGUCUCCUCAGAGUGACGACUCGUCCAUCUCCGCAUCAUCCUCCUCCUCUGCCGCACAGCGGUGGUUCGUCACACCCGUCCAGCAGAACGAGGCCGAUUACUCGGUCCUUCCAUACGGCAUUAAACCUCUUCCACUUCAGAGCCCACACUCGUUUGGUUAUUACCCAGAUUCCUCUGCUUUUGCCUCAAUCUCAGCUGGCUGGAGUGGCGGGAGAAGUUCCUACCAAAGGAAAAUGGCUGCCGGUCUGCCUUGGUCUCCUCGUCCGAGUCCGCCUUCCUUCUCUUUUCCUGAAGAUCCUCUCACCACAACGACGACGAUAACGACGAGCACUAAAGAUAAACUGCAGGAUGAAGGGACGGCAAUUACAGCAGGCGUCGGUGGAGUCUGGGGUCUGGAAACGGCCUCAAAUUUGAAGCCGCUGGACAAAUUCGAUGCGCCCUACGCCAUGGUGUGUAAAAGACGACGCCUCUCUUCCGGUGCUGAUGCCUCACCAACUAUAAAGUGUGAGGAUGUGACGAGUGAAGAGUACGGAAAAGAGCAGCCCAAAAGCUACUACGCCUUUUACACCAGCCCUUAACUUCAUCUCUAUCUCUCUCUCGUCAUUCCCCUUGCUCUACUAUUUUAAAAUGCUUUUAAAAUCUUUUUUUAUUUUUAUUUUUUUUUUAUUUUAACUGCAGGUGCCAAAGCUCUGUGCUUCUUA